GGAGGGAGUGCCAGAUCGGUCAUGUCCCCUUUCACUCUCGCAGCCGUCUAGCAUGGCUAUCCUGGUCCCCUGCUGCCGGGUCCUUUUCUUCUGCCCUUUCCCCUCCCCACGAUAUAGCUGGCGAUGGACGAUUUCAUUUCAGAGGCUCAACGCUGUGCUACUACCUGUAUGUAGUGCGUUUUGUUUGCAGAAGCCAUUGUUACCGCAGUGCCGUGCAUGUACUGUACUGUACAGUACCAGACAAGACAGAGCACACGAUAUCGACCACUAAGUGCUACCAAGGUAUCUAGGUAGUAGUGCUAGAAGGGCCAAGGAUCUCCGAGUACAGUAGCGCUGCUUGCUGUAGAUAUUUCC